AUGGUUCAGGUAGUUACCUGGGUACAGUACACAAAGCCAGGAACUGUUAGCCAAGAGUUUAUCAGAUGGUUCAGUGCUACCUUGUGUAAUACGAGUGAUCGGAUAUCCUUGCACGGAACAACUAUCGCUGCAUCUGCUAUCAACCCUACGGGACGGACCAGAAAAGGUCAAGGUUGGUCAUAUAUCACUUACACGUAG